UGGUUCGUGUCGCGCAGCGCAGCAGCAUAUAUCUCGUAGGCACGGGUCGUCCGUCUGUUUCAAUCUUGAUUCGUAUAAUCGCCGGCGUUCACCUAUAUUUUAGUGCGCGAUAAUAAUUCAACCCACACCCAACACGACCUUAAAGAAAAGAAGACAAAAACAAUCCGUCGAAGUCGCUUGAACGCGCGCGGACGACGCAGAGAAAGUUUCUUCUUCAGCAGCAGCAGCGGAGAGUCAGUAUAGUGCGUGUUUCCAAGUGUGGAACAGAGACAGAGGGUGAAGAAACGCGCCGCCGGUAGGAGACGCAUUACCAAAAGCUAUCCUCGGCGAUUUAGUUGUACGGGAUACCGGCUGUGUACGUGUGCAUCAUUUGACUUUGAACAGUUUUUCGUCGGGUCGCCACUACUCUCCCGAUAAUCGGCACAAUCGCAUCGGCUUACAAAGCCGCGGUGCAAUUUUCUUUUGCGCUAGCUUCUUCCUCUCUCUCGCUUUUUCUCUCUCGCUCUCUCUCUCUCUCUCUCUAUCUCUCUCUCUCUCUCUCUCUUUUUCUCUUUCGCCUUCGUUCUCUUCUCAGUAACCAGCGCGUGCGCGCUCUCUCUCUCUCUCUCUUUUCCUUCCUCUCGUUCGCGGCGCACGUCGAGUGCAACACACAUAAGUACACACGAGAGACACCGGGGGUGAAUUGCCGCCGCUCAGCAGUGAUGGAGAAACGGAUAGAGUUGGAGAAGCGCGGUAGGAAGCCAGCAGAGAUCACAGAAUUCGUGCUGGACAACUGCCGGAGCACCAACAUCGUCGGUCUGACCGACGAGUUCGUCGCCCUCGAGUCGCUCAGCCUCAUCAAUGUCGGACUUACCAGCUUGAAAGGUUUUCCCAAACUACCGAACCUUAAAAAGUUGGAGCUGAGCGAUAACAGAAUAUCGAACGGAUUAAACCUGCUGCACGCGUCACCAAAGCUGACUCAUCUCAAUCUUAGUGGGAAUAGAAUCAAGGACCUCGACACACUACAACCCCUCAAGGAGUUUAAAAAUCUAAAGAGUCUUGAUCUGUUCAACAAUGAAGCAACUAAUAUGGAUAACUAUAGAGAGAAAGUUUUUAGCCUCAUACCGAGCCUACGAUAUCUCGAUGGGUAUGACAUCGACGAACGUGAGGUGGAGAGCGAAGACGAUGACGAAGUAAAUGGCAACGAGGAUGGAGAUGCCAACGAUGAUGACAGUGAAGAAGUGACUGACGAAGAGGAUGAGGAAGAAGAAGGUGUUAAUUUAGAUGCAGUGUACAAAGAUUUUGAGGAUGAGAGUGAUGAAGAAGACUACGUCGUCGAUGGCGAAGAAGAGGAGGAUGACUUUGAAUACGAUGAUGAUGAAGAUGAGGAAGGUGAACAACAGCAACAGCAACAGCAAGAAGAAUCAUCUCCAGCUCGAGGCAAGAAAAGAAAACACGAAGAUGGCGUAGAAUCGGGGAAUUAGAAGUGUUAGCUAUGUUUCACUGAUAACAAGAAAAUUUAAAAUUUGUUUUAAUAUUAAGGAAAAAUGUGCCGCCAAGAGUAAAAAAAUAGCUGGAAAUCAAAUCGACCGACCAAUGAUGACGGACUUUACUGUUGAUUGCGUGAUUUUGUCAGUAGAUCACUGACUGACAAAGAAAUUGUAACAUACAUCUAACAAAAUUGUACGGAAAGCAAAGGUGUGAAUGUGGUGUGAUUGAACGCGUGAAAGAGCAAUCGAGCGAAUCUAAGAAAACAUUCGAGAGAUAGAUAUACAAACAAUUUUGUGCAAAACGAGCAAGCGAUCGAGAAUAAAAAACGAUAAGGAAAUAAGGUAAAAAUAAAAAGCUAUCGCAGAGAUGGAUCACAAUGAAGUAGCGAAAUUUGGAAAGGCAUAAAAAAAAAGUAAGGGCCGCAUUCCAGCUUGACCCAACGCACGUUUUAGUUAUACUAACGAUAUUUUAUAUAGAGUAUAUAGUUAGAAAAUUAGAAGGUGUUGCAUAGUUUUGGCAAAGAGAGAAUGGAUAUUUGCGAGAGAGUAAGAAAUGAUAAAAUGAUAGCAGCCAAGUUUUACACUCGAAGGAGCGUAUUUGUCUGUUAGCUCCACUCGGCCAAAGGCUGGGUCCACGCUGGAAUGCAGCCGUCGUUAAUCAGUGCUAAGGUUAUAUAAGUUACAUUUUAAAUACAUCAUUAUUGUACCAUUAUUAAGCGUAGAUUGUAAAAUGAGGAACAACUUUUGUACAGGUUUCAAUGAAAAAAAAGAUAAAACAACCACACCCAUCGAGAAUGAUUGCGCGGUGCCGCGCUGUGAUUUUUGAGAUGGGAAACGUUAUUUUCAACGUGUAUAGGACUUCGAUGUAUAUAUAUACAUAUACGUGUGUGUACAUGUAUAUGUGUAUAUUUAUAUAAAAACACUGAGGUUGUUAACUUUUUUAUUUUUCUUUGAUUUUUUGUUGAGACCGCAUACGAUCGAUUCGUACAUCGUUUCAAUUGAUAUACUGAUUAUUGUUUUCUCUUUUUAGACUUAAUUAAUGUCAUUUGAUAAUUACGCGAUUGUUUACCCUUUCUUAUGGAAUGUCUAAAAUCUAUAAGUUACAAGCGAUUACUUUAUACGUUAUCUGUGUUUGUUUAUUGAGAUAAUGAAAGAUGAAAAAUAAACAAAUUUAUGCAUCGUAAGAUGGACCAAAUCAA